AGGACGUUGUUUAGUCACCUCUAAAUGCCGUCGGAUUCUAAGAACAAUUACGCUGCUGUAGCCGCCGCUGCUGCCACCACUGCCGUGGCGGCUGGUGCUGCUGGUUACGCAGUCUACAAGAAGAUGCAGGGAUUUAACGAGACGGUCACUGAGCUCCGAGGGAACGUCUCUCGCUUGGAGGAAGAGAACUCUUAUCUCAGCCGGCCUGUUGUAGGCAGUAUGACCGGUGAUGAUAUCUUGCUCCCAGGUGAAAGCCUCACUUACUUGAAGCCUUCCAAUCUUGGUGAGAGGUUCGGUAAGAAGGAGCACACUACUCCUCUCAUCCAGAAGUAUGAGGGUCAGUUGCAUGACUUCCAGGACGAGAACUCGAUCGUUACCCAGACUAUCUACCGUAACAAGGAUGAUCACCACAAGCAGUUCUUGCGAUAUCUACGUGCUGGUCCUCGUGAGAAGCUGUAUUUCAAUCCUAAAGAGGUCACUGCCGCCAUUGUCACUUGUGGUGGUCUCUGCCCUGGCCUCAACAAUGUGAUUCGAGGACUCACCCAGAUGCUCGAGGAGUACGAUGUGCCCACCAUUUAUGGUGUUAAGGACGGUUAUAAGGGCUUCAACAAGGACAACUGCUGGGUGAAGCUUGAUUCCAAGAAGGUUGAGACCAUCCACAGGAUGGGCGGCAGUGUAUUGGUCUGCAAUCGUGGAAAUGACGAUAUCGCUGUCAUGGCCGAGGCUAUUAUGAGGAAGGGCGUGAAUAUGCUAUUCAUCGUUGGUGGUGAUGGUACCCACAGGGGUGCUGAUAAGAUCCAGCAGUAUAUGGUGAAGGCUAACUACGAGUGUGCACUCGUUGGUAUUCCGAAGACUAUCGAUAAUGAUAUUCCCCUCAUUGACGAUUCUUUCGGUUUCGCAACUGCUGUUAGCGAGGCCGUCCGUGCCAUCGAGGCAGGUUAUGUUGAGGCUACUGGUGCUCCUAACUGCAUCGGUCUCGUCAAGUUGAUGGGACGCAAUUCUGGAUUUGUUGUUCUUCAUGCUGUCUGUGCUGCGGCCACUGUCGAUAUUGCUCUCCUCCCCGAGAUGGAUAUUAGUCUUCCUAAGCUCCUCGACCAUAUCAAACAGAAGAUUGACAAGGAUGGCCACAUCGUGGUCGUCGUUGCCGAGGGAUGCGGCGCAACCCUCAUGCAGGCUGACCCCUCUAUGAAGGAUGCCGGUGGAAACAUCAAACUGCCCGAUGUCGGUGUUUACCUCAAGGAUAAGAUCAUGGAGUAUGCUAAGGCUAACGGCCGUAAUGACUGGACUGUCAAGUACAUUGAUCCCACCUACAUGAUCCGUGCUGUUCCUGCCAAUCCUGCUGACUCUACCUACUGUCAUGUACUUGCACAUAAUGCUGUUCACGGCGCUAUGGCGGGCUACACGGGUUUCUCGUGUGGCAAGUGUGAUCAGAGAUACGUUAUGCUGCCGUUCAAGGCUAUCACUGGUCGUCCUCCGCGUCAAGUUAACACUGCCGGCCGAUGGUUCGCCAGGAUGAUCAUGUUCACGGGUCAGCCUAGCUUCCUUCCUCAAGGACAUAUCCCACGUCAUAGUUCCGCUCUCAUGCCGCAAUAAGAUGGCUGCGUGGAUCGCACCUUGAGUAUAUACUCGGUGCCAUUCUCUUGUACAAAACUGUCGCUAAUGCGAGUAAGCGUUCUUCUCCGCGCG